AAAAUGAUUCUUAACUUCUUAUUACUGCGUGUGUUGGGAGCCGGCUCGCCUGGCAGGCUACACCCCUUUUUUCUAUUCAAUUCGACACCUAAACCUCUCCAUUCCUUAAAUCACCAACUUCUCCUACUGCUUUACGCAAACAAAAUCAAACCCAAUUUGAGUUUGUUCCUAUUUCUUCUUAAACCCUUUGAACCCUCAAAUUUAGGGAUCGAAACCCAUUUCCCAUCUGGGGUUUUGUUGUUCGUUUAAGGGUAAUCGCCUGAUCUUAAGGGUAUGUCGAAGCUUGUUUUGAAAGGGGGAAGUAGACCGCCAUGGGUGGGCUUGGCUGCUGCUGUUUGGGUUCAAAUAGCUGCUGGUUCUUCUUAUAACUUCUCUCUUUACUCACACUUGCUUAAAUCUGUUCUGGGUUUGAAUCAGCAGCAGCUUACGGUUCUUGGAGUGGCUAAUGACAUUGGGGAGAGUGUGGGUUUGCUCCCUGGCCUUGCUUGUAACAGAUUUCCCCCAUGGGCUGUUCUUUUGGUCGGUGCUGUGUGUUGCUUUGUGGGUUAUGGAGCUAUUUGGCUUGCUGUUAGCAGGACUGUCCCCAAUCUGCCUUAUUGGCUGCUAUGGCUCACACAUUGUAUUGCUACAAAUAGCAAUGCAUGGUUUGGAACAGCCGUGCUCGUUACGAACAUGAGGAACUUCCCUCUCAGCAGAGGUACCGUUGCUGGCAUUCUUAAAGGUUAUGUCGGGCUUAGCGCAGCUGUAUAUACGGUGAUAUACAGUAUGGUUCUCAGAAAGUCUGCUUUGGAUUUACUGUUGUUUCUUGCGAUCGGGAUACCGAUUUUGUGUUUAGCCUUGAUGUACUUUGUUCGACCUUGUACUCCGGCUUCAACGGAGGACCCUUCUGAGCAUAAUCAUUUUCUUUUCACGCAAGCUGCUUGUGUUUUGCUAGCUGUUUUUUUAGUCUCGACCACAAUCCUAGAUGCAACGACGACCCCUAGCAAUGCUGUUGCCUACACCUUAGUUGCCAUAAUGGUUGUCCUUUUAAUGUCUCCUCUUGCUGUUCCCAUAAAAAUGACCAUUUGUUCUGUUAAAACGAAAAAACUUGGCCCUCGAGUCGACUCUACCGAACCUUUGGCUUCUGGAGAAAACAAUUCUUCCCAAAUAGAACCUUUAUUGACCCCAUCUUCCUCUGCUACAAAUCUUGGAAGUUUCUAUGAGAACGACGAAUCAUCGGAUGUUGAAACACUUCUUGCUGUGGGAGAGGGGGCGAUUCAUAAGAAGAAAAGAAAACCGAAACGAGGGGAAGAUUUCAAGCUCCGUGAGGCCGUGAUCAAAGCUGAUUUUUGGUUGCUUUGGUUCUUGUAUUUCCUCGGGGUCGGUCCGGGAAUAACGGUUCUCAACAAUUUGUCUCAAAUUGGGAUUUCAUUGGGUGUUAAUGACACAACAUUGCUGUUGGCUCUUUUCAGCUUCUGCAAUUUCGUUGGUCGUCUAGGAUCUGGCGUUAUUUCCGAACACUUCGUCAGGUCGAGAAUGAUACCUCGCUCGUUGUGGAUGAUGUUUUCACUUAUGCUUAUGUCUGUAGCAUUCCUACUGUAUGCGUCCGCCCACACGGUUACUCUCUAUGUCGCCACUGGUCUCAUGGGAAUCAGCUACGGAGUUCUAUAUGCUAUGAUGGUCCCUCUCGCAUCCGAGAUUUUCGGCCUAAAGAAUUUCGGAGUAAUCUUCAACUUCAUGCAGCUGGGGAAUCCGAUAGGAGCAGUCCUUUUCUCGGUUCUACUCGCGAGUACUUUAUACGACAAUGAAGCUGCUAAGCAAGGUUCAAUAACCUGCAUAGGCCAAGAGUGCUUCAGGGUUACGUUCUUCGUCCUCUCAGGCGUUGCCGGGUUAGGCUCGAUCUUGUGCAUCAUUCUGACUGUUAGAUUAAGGCCAGUGUAUCAAAUGCUGUACGCGGGUGGCUCGUUCCGGUUGCCUCAGAAUUCAGGUCAUUGA